UUUCUCUCCCUCCACUUGUGAGUAGGAGAGCUCUCGUCCUCUGAAUUUGUGGUCUGUCAGAGAUUCAGGAGAUUGCAUUCGGCUAAAGACAAAGAAGCUAGGAGUUUUACUUUCAAGUGUUGAGCAGCUCAUAAGCUCAUGCACACGAUGAGAGUUACACAUUUACUGUUAGUACUGGUAGUGCUACUGCUAGCCAGUAUACAGUCAACCAAUGCUCAGUUUGAUUAUCCUGGAUGUUUCCCUGGGCAAAUUCAAUUCAAUAGUACUAUUGUAACGUCUGGUUAUGUAACUGGAUAUCCUACUGUAUGUAUCAAUGGGACUUUUGCUCCAAUCUGUAGUGAAGUGUCACUUGGAGCAUUGGGUCCUGCAAUACUGUGCUCUCCAUUUAAUACCUCUGCUGGAUAUGUUGGUACUCCUCCUAAUGUUACUCUAGCUCCACUCAACGAGAAUGAUAUCAGUUAUACUGUCACUGGUAUAUCCUGUGACCCUCAGUAUAGCUGCUCUGAUCCAUCAUAUUCUGAAUCCCUUUGUGCCAAUGGAUACCUAAACUUUACUUGUUUGAAAUCUCUUUGUGAUGGUCCUGAAAUUAGUCUAUACAACAAUCAGACAAUGAUUGUUAAUGGAUUUGAAGGAAUAAGUGGUACUGUGGCGUAUUGCUAUGAAGGAUCAUUAAUUGGUUUUUGUGAUGAUGGUAGCAUUGACAAUGAAGCAGCCCAGCAGUUUUGUAAUGCUUUAGGAUACUUAUAUGGUGAAAAGGUUGCAUCUUCAGGAUAUAGCUUGCCUACUGGAGCUGUUUACUUGUCAGAUAUCAGUUGUACCACCACUCAAGAUGGCUCAAGCAAUUGCACUGAAGGCCAGCCUACUUCUAACCCAGCUUGCUAUAAUGGAUCAUUAGAUUAUAAUGUAAAGUGUUCUGGAAGAUUUUCAACUGGUGUUUGUAAUGGCCCUGAAAUUAGUCUAUACAACAAUCAGUCAGUGAUUGUUAAUGGAACUGAAACAAUAAAUGGCACUUUUGCUGUGUGUCAGGAUGGAAUUUUGUUUGGCUUUUGUGAUGAUGGUAGCAUUGAUGAAGAAGCAGCUCAGUUGUUUUGUAACUCUUUAGGAUACAUAUAUGGUAAAAAAAUACCAUCUUCAGGAUAUCGUUUGCCCACUGGAGCUCUUUACUUGUCGAACAUCAGCUGUACCUCCACUCAAGAUGGUCCGACCAAUUGCACUGAUGGGGGGGUCACUUCUAACCCAGCUUGCUAUAAUGGAUCAUUGGAUUAUAAUGUAGAGUGCACUGUAAAAUUCCCAG